AUGACAGUCGAUGCUGUGGAUUACAGGGCGCUGCCCAAGAUUGAGCUCCACGCCCAUCUCAGCGGCAGCAUCAGUCGUCAGUGUCUCCACGAAGUCUGGCUGAAAAAGAAGGAAAAUGGUGAAACGGACCUUCAAGAUCCCUUGGUUGAGAUGCCGCUAGGUAAACACAAUUAUGAUUUGAAGACCUUCUUCCCCCUCUUCUCCUCGUACAUCUACCACCUCGUCAACGACAUCUGGGCCCUCCGCCACACCACUCUCUCCGUCCUCUCGGACUUUGCUGCUGAUGGCGUUGUCUACUUGGAACUACGCACCACCCCCCGCGCCAUGCCUCAGGCCGGUUUAACCAAAGCCCAAUACGUCCAAGUCAUCCUCGACACCAUCGCCGAGUUUGAACAGUCCAGCACUUCCCAGUUAAAAACGAAACUGAUCCUCUCCGUCGACCGGCGCAACACCCUCUCCGAAGCCUCCGAAGCCCUCGCCCUCUGUCGCCAGUUUUCCGGGUCCGGUGUGGUGGGCAUUGACCUCUGCGGCGACCCAGCCAGGGGGCCUAUCGAUAUCUUCGGCCCGGUCUUCGAGGAGGCGAAGCGUACCCUGCCAGAGUUGGGGAUAACGCUGCACUUUGCCGAAGCGGAGGCGUCGGGGACGGAGGAGGAGUUGUUGGCCUUGUUGAGCUGGAGGCCGGAUCGUAUUGGACAUGUGAUUCAUUUGAAUGAGAGGGUGAAGGAAGAGGUGAAGAGGAGGGGCGGCAUGGGGUUGGAGUUGUGUUUGAGUUGUAAUGUCCAUGCUGGGAUGAUAUGUGGGGGGUUUGAGAGCCACCACUUUGGGGAGUGGUGGAAGGUUGACGAGACGGUUGUUGUUUUAAGUACCGAUGAUGUUGGCGUCUUUGGAAGCCCGCUUUCCAACGAAUACGCACUCGUGGCCAAGCACUUCGGACUUGCAAGAGCUGAUAUCUGCUCGCUUGUGAGAAGGGGGAUAGAUGUUAUCUUUGGAGGCGAUGCGGAGAAGGAGAGGCUCAGGGGGUUGAUGUGGUCUGAGUAA